AUGAAGCUGGCAUUAGCGAUAUUACUGUGUGUGGGCGCGGCCGUAAGAGUGGGAGCGCAGGAUGGCUCCUAUAUGCUGGAUUCAAGAGGCGUGGAGGUGGAGCAGGGACUCCAGCCUUCCCCAGAACUCUUCCAGAACCACCAGGCCUUCUCCCAAGCCUUCAAAGAACGCUCUGAAGAGAUGGCCCUGCAAUACAGUCUUGGCCAAGUCGAAUACAAUGAUCCAAACCCGGAGUACGCUUGGGCUUACGAGGUCGACGCCAAAUCCACCGGGGACAUGAAGUCUGCCCGAGAGGAACGUCGAGGUGACGUGGUGGUGGGUCAGUACUCGGUCAUGGACCCCGACGGGUCUCUGCGUGUGGUCGACUACUCGGUGGCUCCCGGCACAGGCUUCCAGGCCACCGUCCGCAAGGAGUACACGGGCGAGGCUUUCCAGGGACAGGAGCAGAGACUGCAGGCUCAGGCCAAGCAGUACAGUGCUAUCCAACAGGGAACCAACUACCAACAGAACCGCAACCAGUACCAGCAGAACCGUGGCCAGUACUCCCAGAACUACAAUGAGUACCAACAUAAUCGCAACCAGUACCAGCAGAACCGUGGCCAGUAUUCACAGAACUACAAUGAGUACCAACAGAAUCGCAACCAGUACCAGCAGAACCGUGGCCAGUACUCCCAGAACCGCAACCAAGACCAACAGAACCGUGGCCAGUACUCCCAAAAUUAUAAUCAAAACCAACAGAACCGUAACCAGUACCAAUACUCACAAAAUCGCAACCAGAAUCUGGAAAACAGGAGACAAUAUUCUCAGAACCGCAAUCAGUAUCAACAAAACGGCAAUCAGUACUCCCAGUACAGCAACGAUUACCAACAGAACCGCUAUCAGAACCAGCAGAACAACGAAUAUCAGCUAAACCCUAUUCAGUAUUCUCGGAACCUCAACGAGUACCAACAGGACCGCAAGAAUAGUUAUCAAUUUUCACAGAACCUUCCAGCAGAACCUCAACCAGUAUCAACAGAACCGCAACCAAUUCCAGCAGAACCGCAACCAAACCGCAACCAGUACCAACAGAACUAUGACCAAAGCCUUUCCAGCCGCAACGACGUCAGGUACAACUUCCAGCGUUAUGGAACCAACCGUUUCACUCAGAACCUGAACCGUCCUUCGCCCAGCCUCUACAGCCAGAACCAAAACUACCUUCUGACCCGCUAUGGAUCCGCUUCUCAGAACCAAUACAGCAACCAGUACAACAACCGCGUCUACAACCAGUACAGCGCCCAAGUGAACAGGAACCAGCAGAACCAAGGUUACUCUCCCGUCAGCGUGGUUCUCGCUUCCUCAAGGAACUAA